AUGGGAACCGGGCCAAUCGGCCUUCUCUGCGGGGCAGUUGCUAAGGCAUUUGUUGCCAGAAAGAUCAUUGGCGUCGAUAUUGUGCAGUCCAAGCUCAAGUUUGCAGAGGGGCUAGGCUUCACGCACACAUACUUAUCAAAAAGGAUUUCCGCCGAAGAUAACGCUGUGGCGAUACUUGAUAGCGGGGAUCUUGGACAAGGUGCUGAUGUUGUUAUUGAUGCAAGUGGAGCAGAAACCUUCAUUCAAACGAGCCUGCAUGUUGUCAAGGCUGGGGGUGUAUAUGUUCAAGGUGGUAUGGGCAAGGCAGAUAUUACCUUUCCUAUCAUGGCAAUGUGUCAAAAGGAGGUGACAGUAAAAGGCAGCUUCCGGUAUGGGUCCGGGGACUUCGAAUUGGCUAUUGAACUUGUCUCGAGCAAUCGAGUUCCGGCGGAAGAAGCUUUCAAGAAGGCCAAAGAGUGUCAAUUUGUGAAGGUUCUUAUUGCCGGACCCAACGAGCCUAUACAGGCAAAGGGGCUGGAUUCUCUUAGUCAGGAAAGUACACAUGCUUAG